AUGUCUCUGGUAAGCAAGAAUGCGUGCCACCGCAGCGCAGAGACCACUGCAGAUUACAGCGACUUCCAAGGUGAGAUGCAGGCUACUGAUGUCUCUGGGCUCCCCGCCUCCAUGAUAGUUCCUGAUGCCCCCCAGGGCCCUCAGGCGCCGGUCGACCCUCAGGUUGCCAGCGCUUCCCAGGCUGCGCAGGACCCGAAAGACCUCGAUGUGCUGAUUGAUGAGCAGUCCCGACGUUUGGGGGCGCUCAGGGUGCACGAUCCUCUAGAAGACAGGUCGAUUGCUUUGGUGAAUUUCAUGCGCAUGAAAAGCCAAAUCGAGGGGUCUAUUCAGCAGACAGAGAUGCUGGAGUUCCUCAAAGAAUACUCAGAUCAGUUCCCUGAGAUCCUCAGACGAGCCUCAGCCCAUCUGGAUCGGGUCUUUGGGUUGAAUCUGAGGGUUCUUGAUCCCCAAGCUGACACCUACAACCUAAUCAGCAAACGGGGUCUCCAGACCAAUGAUCGGAUAGCAGAAUCCCUGGACAUGCCAAAGGCAGGUCUCCUGGCCUUGGUCCUAGGUCACAUCCUCCUAAAUGGUAACCGAGCAAGAGAGACCUCCAUUUGGGAUCUGUUGUUAAAGGUUGAUGUGUUAGGUGAGCCCCAGAGGAUCAACAUCCCCUUUGGGAACACAAGGAACCUCCUAACUACUGACUUUGUACGUAUGCGAUUCUUGGAGUACUGGCCAGUUUAUGGCACUAAUCCUCUCGAAUUUGAGUUCUUGUGGGGUUCUAGAGCCCACAAAGAAAUCACAAAGAUGGAAGCCCUGAAGUUUGUGGCAGAGGCCCAUGAUGAAGAACCCUGGAGCUGGCCAGAAGAAUAUAAUAAGGCCCUAGAAGCUGACAAGGCCAAAGAAAGAAGCCAGGCUGCUGGCUUAGAGUUCUGGUCAGAAGACAUUAUGAAUGAUAAGGCAAAUGAUUUGGUCCAGUUGGCCAUUAAUGUCACAGAGGAGUUGCUACCUAUACAUCAGGAUGAGCUAUUGGCUCACACUGGCAAAGAAUUUGAGGAUGUGUUUCCAAAUAUCCUCAGUCGAGCUACUCUAAUACUUGAUCUGUUCUAUGGGUUCUCUCUGAUUGAGGUUGAUACCAGUGAACACAUUUACCUCCUUGUCCAGCAACCAGAAUCAGAAGAAGAGCAAAUGAUGCUAGAGAGCCUGGGGAGACCCACUCAAGAAUAUGUGAUGCCAAUCCUGGGUUUGAUCUUCCUGAUGGGCAACCGUGUCAAAGAGGCCAAAGUCUGGAAUUUGCUUCGGAGAUUUGGUGUGGAUGUAGGGAGAAAGCAUGCCAUCACCUGCAAACUUAUGAGACAGCGCUACUUGGAAUGCAGGCCACUCUCCUAUUCUAAUCCAGUUGAAUAUGAGCUUCUAUGGGGUCCUCGAGCUCACCUUGAAACCACCAAAAUGAAAGCCCUGGAGUACAUGGCCAGGCUCUACAGAAAGCAACCACAAGACUGGCCAGAGCAAUAUAGGGAGGCUGCUGAAGAUGAGGAGGCCAGAGCCAGAUCUGAGGCAACUGCCAUGUUCUUCUUUGGCCCCAUGUGA